UUAGCCUCCUACUGAGACACUGUCUCAAAACAAGAGUGAGAAGGGCGGCUCCAUGUGAACUCAUAUCUCCCUUGUCAAGAGAAGAUUGUGGAACUAGCCGUCCUCAGAUGCUGGAUCCUGCAGAUCGGUGCUCGUCACAGCUGCUGCGCAGCAGGCCUGGUGGGUGUGGGGCCGGCGCCUGGCGAGCUGCAGCUUCUGUGCCCUGGCAGGAGUUGAGAAGGCAGCCCAGGGGCCGGGCGGCAAGUCCCUGAGCCCAGCAGCCGGGCCACGAGGCCUGCCUCCCUUCCUUGGGAAGUCUGCCCUGCUUUGGCCUCCCAUCUUCCUCUCCCAGAGAUGGCUGUGGCUGGGAUCACCUGUGAGAGCCAGUGCCUGUCCUGGUGUGUGGAGCAGGCCUGGCAAGGUUGGCAUCAGGGCUGCUGAGGUGUGGGGGGCCCGGGCACCACGAGUGCCAGCUCUUGUCUGUCUUUGGACAUGAGUUCUCCCUGCGCUGCCGAAGCUGAUCUUGAACUCCUGGCUCAAGUGGUCCUCCCUGCCUCAGCCUCCCGAGUAGCUGCGACAGCAGGCGUAGGCCCCGUAGGACCCGUACGCUGUGAGCCGGAAUGUUUGUUAGCACUUGGGAUAAAACCCUACAAGAGCAAUAAGCAAAAAGUGUAAUAAUUGGCUCACAAAAUUUCUUAAACAUUUUUCUCCUACUAACAGCCAUGGCCGAGGGGACAGAGCCGGCUGGGGGCUGUGAGGCCAGCAGACCUGAGUUGGACACCCCCCUCCUUACUGUCCUUCCCGCGUUGCGCAGUGGUUCUGAGUGGUUCCUCAUGUGUGAGAAGGGGUGCUGCUGCUCCCAGACUCGGGGAGCAGUGUGAGGGUCUGGCGCACACAGCCAGCGCCCAGGGUGGCGCUCUUACCGCUGCGCCUUUCCAAUGCAAACAGGUACGCAGGUGCUAAGCGCCCUGCACAAGGCGCCCACCACAAGGCGCCCACCAGGCCCAGCGGAAGGAAUCAGGAGCGCGAAUGGCCAUGGCUCCUCGGGGCUUCUACCUGGCCUGCCUGCUUCUGGGCUCCCUGGGCUUCCUCUGUGUCCUCUUCACCACCUACUGGGCCCAGCGCUGGCGUGGCGGCUUGGCCUGGGACGGCAGCCUGCACAUGUUCAACUGGCACCCUGUGCUCAUGGUGUCGGGAAUGGUGCUGCGCGACGGGGCCGCGUCGCUGGUGUACCGCCUGCCACAAGCGUGGCGGGGGCCCCGGCUGCCCUGGAAGGCCCUGCAUGCGGCCCUGCACCUGGUGGCCUUUGUUGUCACCGUGGUGGGGCUGGUCGCUGUCUUCCGGUACCACAGCCACGCCGGCGUCCCUCACCUUUACUCCCUGCACAGCUGGCUGGGCCUCAGCACUGUCGUCCUCUUCGCCUGCCAGUGGCUCCUGGGCUUCGCCAUCUUCCUGCUGCCCUGGGCUUCACUGUGGCUGCGCAGCCUCCUGAAGCCGCUCCACGUCUUCUUCGGAGCCACCAUCCUGGCUCUGUCCAUGGCAUCUGUCAUCUCCGGCAUCAACGAGAAGCUGCUCUUCAGCCUCCUCUCACAGCCACCUUCUGUCACCUCCAGGAAGAAUGCCACUGUGCCAUACCAGAGCCUGCCGAGUGAGGCCAUCUUUGCUAACAGCACAGGGCUGCUGGUGGUGGCCUUUGGGAUGCUGGUCCUCUAUGUCCUUCUGGCUUCCUCGUGGAGACGCCCAGAGCCUGAGGCCCUGGCUGACACACAGCCCCUGUUGUGCGAGCGGGCGUGACCAGGUACGUGCCCUUGGAAGUCACCACUGUGGUCUGCACCCCCAGAAGCAAGCGCCCGAGCUGCCUGCUGCAGUGGUGUCUCUUUGCUGGCUGCUGCCCCGGCUCCCCUGGUGGCUUUGGUGUCUCGGCAGGGACUUCUAGGUCUCCCGUUUGUGCAGGAACCUCACGCCCUGGCCACAGCUUCAGUGCUGAUCUCCGUGUGGUUGCGUGGAGCCACAGGAGGUGAACCUGGGCUCCAGUGGUGGUCGCAGCCCUUUGUGGGCAGGUGCCUGUGCCCUGUUGUUGGCCCAGAGUGUUGCCUCACCGCACUGUGUGUGUGAGGCCUACGUCUCUUGUGACUCUUGUCAGCUGCUGUUCCAGCCAGGGCAUGGAUGGAAGCCCCACUUUGUCACCAUGUCUCCAGAAGGCAAGGAGGGUGGCUGCCUUGCUCCCCUGGUGGCCGCAGGCCUCUUGCCCUCCCUUCUCACACAUCAUAGCCGGGGAAACCAAGGCCUGUGCGUGAAGCCCUGGGCUCACCCCGCUAAGUGCAAGCUCCUCUCCCACACUCUGGUCCA